AGCUACUACAAUCUCUAGGUACCCCGGUUCUUUGGUAGUUUGGUCUUGCAAGAAGCAAUCCCUGUCCAUUGGUCCCCACUGGGGCGGCCCUUGGCGCAUCUGCCCUCCUUUGCUGACUCCGCCCCGCAUCGGUCCAAACCAGCCUCGCGUCAGAGCUGACCACAGCGCGGCUGCCAGUCAGUCCCUCCGGACCAGCGGAGAGAGCCUCAGGCUGCCGAAAUCACCGCGCCUCACUCGCCUCAGCCUCAACAGUGAUCUGAGUCUGCUUUUAGCUUCCCUUCACCUGCCUUGGCUUGUUUCUGUUCAAGAACAGCUGUUUGGCCUAUAGAUUAGAAAAAGGGCCCCCCUCCCUAUUUUGUCCCAAGAGAUCAUCUUCUAAGUGCUCAGAGAUGGGGAGCGGGGAGCCUAAUACUGCUGGCAAGAAAAAGAAGUACCUCAAGGCUGCCCUGUAUGUAGGUGACUUGGACCCUGACGUCACAGAGGACAUGCUCUAUAAGAAAUUCAGACCUGCUGGACCACUGCGCUUCACUAGAAUCUGCCGAGACCCAGUGACCCGCAGACCCCUGGGUUAUGGUUAUGUUAACUUCCGCUUUCCUGCAGAUGCUGAAUGGGCAUUGAACACCAUGAAUUUUGAUUUAAUUAAUGGUAAACCAUUUCGCCUCAUGUGGUCACAGCCAGAUGACCGUUUAAGAAAGUCUGGAGUUGGAAAUAUAUUCAUCAAAAACUUGGACAAAACCAUAGACAAUAGGGCCCUAUUUUAUUUAUUUUCAGCUUUCGGGAACAUUCUUUCCUGUAAAGUCGUAUGUGAUGACAAUGGCUCUAAGGGUUAUGCUUAUGUUCACUUUGAUAGCCUUGCUGCUGCCAAUAGGGCUAUCUGGCAUAUGAAUGGAGUCCGGCUCAAUAACCGUCAGGUAUAUGUUGGCCGAUUCAAAUUUCCUGAAGAGAGAGCAGCAGAAGUCAGAACCAGAGAUAGAGCAACAUUUACCAAUGUUUUUGUUAAAAACUUUGGAGAUGACAUAGAUGAUGAAAAACUAAAGAAACUUUUCAGUGAAUAUGGGCCAACUGAAAGUGUUAAAGUAAUAAGAGAUGCCACUGGGAAAUCUAAAGGCUUUGGAUUUGUAAGAUAUGAAACACAUGAAGCUGCCCAAAAGGCUGUGCUAGAACUGCAUGGCAAGUCAAUAAAUGGGAAAGUCCUAUGUGUAGGGAGAGCACAGAAGAAAAUUGAACGCCUAGCUGAAUUGAGGCGGAGAUUUGAACGGCUGAAACUAAAAGAAAAAAGCAGGCCUUCAGGAGUACCUAUCUAUAUUAAGAACUUGGAUGAGACCAUCAAUGAUGAGAAACUAAAGGAGGAAUUUUCCUCAUUUGGAUCAAUCAGUCGGGCCAAAGUGAUGAUGGAAGUGGGGCAAGGCAAAGGGUUUGGUGUUGUCUGCUUUUCUUCUUUUGAAGAGGCUUCCAAAGCAGUGGAUAAGAUGAAUGGUCGUGUAAUAGGCUCUAAGACAUUGCACGUCACUCUGGGGCAAGCUAGGCACAGGUGGUGAGAAUUACUAAUGAUCAAUUUGUUUAGCCUUAGCCAGUGCCUACUUAGCUUGGGCUCCUUUGUGAUAGAGGUUAUUUUCUUCCAAUUCAUAUGUUUGCUUUCUUUCCUUUUAUUUUCUUUUAUAUUUUUUAUAAAUACUUUCUUUUGGAAACAAAGUAUACAUAGAAAAUCUUGUUCAUUUUGGUGACGAACAUAAUUUCUAAAUGUAAAAAUGUGGUUUUGUACAAUUUUUAUAAGAUCUCUAUCCUUAGGAAUGUGUAGAAUAAAGUUUAUCAUCUUCAUUUUUUUUUCUAAAUAGCCUAAAUGAGGCACAUGAUUAUAUUUCCUUUAUUUUCAUAAUACUAAUUUAAUUUCCUCUAUGAAACUAUUCUCAAGAUAGUCCUUAUUUGUGAUUCUGGCACAGUAAAAAGUCAACCAUUGCUUUUUAAAGAAAUCAUCAAAGAAAGAUUAAAUAGAUACAAGCUACUUAAAAUUUCUCCAUAAUUUCAUUUUAAAUUAUGAUUUAAAUUGAAUAUUACUUAAAAAUAUUUGAGGCAUUUUUCCUUUAUUUUUUUGUAUCAGUUUUCCUUGUAUCAAGUGCAAGUGCGCACUACAGAUUUGUUAGCACCUUUGACUAACUAUUGGGAUUUAUUUUUAUAUAUGUCAUGUUACUGUUUCUUAAUCAGUACUUUUAGAAAACUGUUGCAUUGGUAAAUGGCUAUUUGAAAUGUGAGGGUGUCUUAAAAAUAUUUGACAAGAGAUCUCAUAUUUGAAGUUACUCUAAAAUUCAUUCUUAACACUUGUUUUUGAAAUGUAUAUAAUUCACAUAGGUAGACUAUGUUAAAGUAAGAGAAAUAUUUAUUAAUGUACUGACUCACAUUCACCUUUGAACACCUUAUACACGGCUGCUAUAAAACUAUGACAUGUUGUUUCUUGUCAUGCUUGAAUUUAUCCACAGGAAAACACUGAUAUGUGUUUUAUUAAGGAACAUGUUUUCGCUUAAUUAGGUCAUACCUUUACAUCCAUUAUAUGAGAAUAAUCAACUACAAAUAAUUCUUUACUAAUUCAGACUACUUAAAAUAUGCUGUUUCACACAAAAAUAUUCUGCAGCUACUUCCUGCAUCAUGUAAAUUCUAUACUACAAAUUCUCCACUUUUCACAUGUGGUAAUCUCUUUUCACUUUCAAUUUAAAUUCAUGUAACACUUAACACCAGUACAAAUAUGAUUGACAAUUAGAAAAAUAAUCAGAUUUUCUGACACUUGAAUUAAUUUUCUUAGAAUUUAUGAUUUACUCAUGCAGGAGAACCCAUCACAAGAACAUGUUUGAUGUCUCUUAUCAGUUGAUUGUUUUUAUUGUUUUACAGAUGAAUCACAUUUUUUAAAAUAAUCUAAAGCAAUUAUACAAUUUUAAAUCAUUUGUUAGCUUUUAGAACAUAAAAUGGAAAUAAGAUAUUUCUAUGUAAUGAUAUUCAAUUAUGAAUAUACAAAUAGUCAAGUGUUUUCAAAAUGAAAAUCACUGAUUUAUUGAUUAUGAAUAUAACAUAAUCAUGAUCAUAAAAUCUGUAAUCAUAGAAAGAAACCAUUCUUAAUUUUAGUAUGUGUAUAUCCUUCCAUAUCCUUAUCUUUAAUAUAUAUAUCCAGUUUUAUAAAAAUACAAUAUGUAUUAUUUCAUUUUUUAUUUUAAAUUGAACCAUAGUUACCUUUUUAUACCAAUAAAUGUGGUUGUUGAUAAAUGCCAUAAUUUUAGGAUCUUCAUAAUUUUUCUUAAUAUAGAAUGUAUUAUAUUGAAUAAGAGUUGUAUUCAAUAUUUUUUUAAAUUUGUAAACUAUACCAUGUUGAACAUCUUAUUCUGGAAACACUCUUAGUUAUGAGAUUAACAGAGAUUUCUAUAAUGCGUUAGAGCUUAAAACUGCCAGAGACCUGGAACAUACAAUAUAGAUGUCAGCAAACAUGGAGUACUUCAACAUGUAUUCUACAUCUAAAUUUAUAUAAACACAAAAAUCAACAAGAUAAUCAGCAUAUUUGAGGAACCUAUUUUAUAAUAUUAUAACCAACAAAAUACAUAAAAAUUGAAACAGAUAUAAUGCCAAUUAUAUAUCAUAUAUUAUAUUCAUUUUAAACACUACCAUGAUUAAAUUUUAGCUACAAGCAUGAACCAUUACUUUUAGCAAGAUUCUUUAAAAUAUAAGUUUGAAUACAAAGUUAGGAAGAGUUCUACAAAGUCAAAAAUAUCAAGCAUAGCCAUUUAAUGCAUGGUUUUGGAAUUUCAUAUUUAAAGUGUUACUAUAUUCCAAUGAUCUGCUUUUAUAAAUGGCAGACAAAAUUAAGGACUCCUAGGUAACCAUUUGAAAUACUGAAAAUUCAAUUACUAAAAAUCAUGAGGAAAAUAUGUACUAAAGUAAAUCUGUCUUUAAAUAGAAACACAUGAGUAUUUUUCAGUGUCAUUCUUAUUCUUAAGUUUUAGCUACUUAUAAUAGACUUUAAAAGAGGAACAAUACAAUUAAAUAUUUCAAAUCAGUGGCAAAGGAAUUUAUAACGUUUAUUGCCCAACAUUUCUGGGUAAUAGAUAAUUAAUAAAAAAUAUAAUGUUAGUGUUUGGCUAAUAAUAGACUGUGUAUUUCAAGUUUGGUUUCCCUUGGGUUUUUCAAAGUAGUCACUAAGAAAAAUUUUAAAUAUGCCCAGGGAGAAAAAAUAAUAAUAUUCCUUUAUGAUUGCAAGUCAUCACCAUCAAAAUUUGGGAGAGGGGGUUGAUCUUUUAUGAAAGAGAUUUUACACAUAGUCUUGUCUAUUUAUUACCAAUAAUUUAGGAAAAAGAAAGAUGUUACACCUGUAAGUGAUAUUUUUAGCUUGGGAUGAGAGAAGCAAUAUUAUUUUUUCUUUAAUUAUAAAGUUGUAAGUGGAUUAAAUAUCACCUUUCUUACAAGGAAAUCUAAGAGAGCAAUUAGAAAUGUGUCAAUAAAUGACUGAAGAUAAAUGAUAAAAGUGUGUUUAACACCUAUAAUAAUACCUAAACCACAGUAUUCUGUAAACUAUUAAUGAAUGCAUUAAUAACAUAAGACAUACACAACCAUUUGUUUAUAUUUCAGUUUUUCCUCAGUAUUUAAUGAGAUCAAUGAGGUUUUUAAGUAGCCUAUGAAAAUGUAGUUGAGAACUGACAAAAUCCUUUCAUUGGUUUAUAGUGGUUAGACUGUUGAAGUGUUAAGGUUUUGUCAGUGAUCUCUGUCAUCUUACCAUAUUUCCAAAAUUGUUUACCAUUUAAUUGAUACAAAUGUCAUGAGUGCAAAGUGUGUAAUAAUUGGCAUAAUUUUAAAAAUAUGUACUUUUUAUAAGUUAAUUACACGCUGUUGGAAGACCAAUGAGAUUCCAUAAUGUCCUACUUCUGUGCUGAAGUAUAUAAUCACAAUAAUUCUGGAGUAAAUAGUUCUUGCCCCUUUGAAAUUAUUUAAUUCAUAUCAGUCAUGAAAUUUCAAAAUUUAAGACCUUUUAAAAAAGGUACUGGUUCUUGAGAGGUCUCCAAAAAAUAGAAUGAGUGCUGUUAUUAUAAGGUAUUAUUUUCUAGGUCAUCAGAAGAAUUUUUCAUGUAGAACUAAUCAUUCAAUAAAGUAUAAUGUAUACUAAAGUUUUUCAUAUAUUUAGAAAUUCAUUUGGAUUUUUCAAGGGAGUAUUUUGCUUUUGAAAUAUGAGUAUUGUUUACUAUUAAGGAAACUUAUUCUAACAAGUAGUUUAUUAGACACUCAGUAGAGUUAAUGUAUCCUAUCUAGAUUCAGUACAUCAUCACAGAGAUUUAGAAAUACUCAAGCUAUGGAAGCAUAUUUGAAAAUAAAAAGGCCCGAUGCAAUCCAUAUAUUAAUGAUUAUAACUUUUCCUUUUCAAAAAUUUAUUAGUUUAAUUUAUGUAUAUGAAUGUGUUAUCUCAUUGUGUGUUUGUGCAGCACAUGUGUGUCUAGUGCCUGUGGGAAUCAGAAGAGGCCCCUCUGAGAUUGUAGGUAAAAAUAGUUAUGAACUAUCACAUGGGUAAGUGGGAACUGAACCCAGAUCCUCUGCAAGAGCAACAAGUAGUAUAAUGCACGGAGCCAUUUCUCCAGGCCCGAGGGAUUUUUGUUUUUGUUUUUGUUUUUUUCUUGCUUGUUUGUUUUCUUUUAAAUCAGUGUCUCAAUACCCUGAAAGGCCUGGAACUCUUUAUGAAAACCAGUAUGGCCUUGAACUCACAGAAAUCCACUUGCCUCCCUAUCCAGAGUGGUAGUAUUAAAGAUGUGCACCAUCAUGUGUGGCCUUCUAAUUCUUCUGAAGUAAAACCAUGACUCCAAGUACUUUGUUGCUUGAAAAUCACUGUCAAUUUUAAAAUAUGUCUCAUUUGAUAAGGAUAACAUCCUUUCCAUUAAUUUUGUAAGAAAUUUGGAGCCUUUUAAUUAUUUAGGGGUCUAUAAUAAAACAGAGUGAGUGCUGAUAUUAUAUUGCAUUAUUUUCUCAGACAUGAGACUACAUUUUUAUGUAGAACUAAUCAUUUAAUAAAUUAUGUGUAAUAAAAAUUUUACAUCUUGAAUGAUUAAUGUUAGAUUCUCAAGGUGAUAUUAUACUCUUUAAAAGUAAACAACUUAAGGAAUCAAUAUCUGAUACUAUUUAAAAUAAAUUUAAGCUAAUAUAGGUAGAAUGGCAAAAAACAUUGUAAAGUCACCCAUCUUUGAGAACGUUGCAUAUUUGAAAUCCCUGAAUAAAACACUAAUGAAUUUAUAUGGUUUUUUGUUUCAGGAAAUCACAAAUAUUUAAAUUAAUAGCUAUAUUGUAUAAUAUAUUAUAUUUUAGUGUUAUUUAAGUGAAAAAUGCUUAAUUGCUGUCAUAAAGUUUGAAUAAAGUUUGAAUAAAAACACUGUCGUGGUGGUAGUUUAAGUAUUCAGUGCAAGUCAAGUUAAUUUGUUUCCCAACAAAAACAGAAAAGAAAAACUAAGAAUGUAUUUCAUUAUUAUACAUAGGGAAAAAUUAGAGAUAUUUUAAUUGACAAUAAAUAAGGGACAUAGUCAUUUGAAUGUUUUAAAUGUAAAUGGAUACCACAAAUACAUUAAACUUCUGCCUAGUUUGAUGUCUAGAGUCAAACAGCAAGAAGAGCUUUUAUUCAAUUUCUGUUGUAAUUCUUAUUCUUGAAGUGACUACUAACAGUGAUCUUAAGCCUCAGGAGUAUUCUUUUGUAAGUGAACAUUCUUGAAAGAAAGAAAGAAAGAAAGAAAGAAAGAAAGAAAGAAAGAAAGAAAGAAAGAAAAGUAAAAAGACUGGUGCUAAUAUACUCCUUGCUACUUUCUUACCUCCAUUUACCUAACCUCAAUCCACCCUUGCAAAUUCUUAAGAUUACACAGAAUUUUUCUGAUUUAUGUAUUUUAUGUAGUUUGUCUACACAUGAUUGCAUUGUUUUUUUAAUUUGUAGCAUGUAUGUGAUACUGUGCAACUCUUCUGAGAUGAUGUUUUAAAGUUUGCAUGUUAAGAAACAGUAGAUGGUGGGAAACUUGUCUACUGUUUAUAUGUGAAUGAAUGUAUUUAACUAAAGUAAUUUUUAAAGAAUGUACAAUUAAUAAUAAUGUAAAAUAAAGAAACAGCAAAUCUAUUGGA